AUGGCGAAAACCGAAUUAAUCGACUCCCGUAUUUCCGUGAAACAGUGCACACGGGCCGUACAUGCACUGCAUGCAUAUGCCUUGAAAAAACAAAAGGAACAGGAGGAAAACGAGCUUUUACCAUCCAACGAGCAAUAUGUAUGGCUACAAAUUACAGUGAAGCGGAUGCACCCCGAACACAAGAUCAAACCAUUCAAAAUCCCACUUAAGCAUCCUCUCAUCGAUCCACGAGUUACGCCUGUCUGUCUCAUCACCAAAGAUCCUCAGCGAGAGUACAAAGACCUUAUCGAGUCUCAUAAAAUCAAAUUCGUAUCAAGGGUCGUUGGGAUCACAAAACUCAAGGGCAAAUUCAAGUCCUAUGAAGCCAGGCGAAUGUUGCUAAAAGAGAAUGGAAUGUUCCUGGCAGAUGAACGUGUUAUUCCAUUACUGCCGGGCUUGUUGGGAAAGAAAUGGUUUGAUGCAAAAAAACAGCCAAUCCCGGUCUGCUUGACACGCAAAGACCUUAAGGGUGAAUUGGAGCGAGCCAUCGAGUCAACCUACAUGCAUCAGAACAGAGGAACGUGCACGUCUGUUAAGAUUGGACUACUAUCGCACGCGCCAGAAAAAGUCAUUGACAACAUCAAAAUAUCUCUCCCUGCUAUCGUGAACAAUAUAAAGGGUAACUGGGAUAACGUUCAAAGUCUUCACAUCAAAACAAAUUCAAGUAUCAGUUUACCGAUAUGGACAUGCGAACUCGGAGAUGCGGCUGGUGGACGGUGGGAUGGUAUGGUCCAGUCCAAGGACAAAUCUGAGGAGAACAUGGAUUUGGAGGAACACGUGCCGGAAGUGCCGGUCAGCAAGGGUAAGAGCAAGGGCACGAAGAAACACCUGGACGAGAUUGUUGAGAAGUCCGAGUCAGUUACGCUGAAGGAGGUGAAACAAAAACGGAGCACUGAAGGAGCAGAGAAGAAGAAAGUGAAGUUUGUGAAAGGCGCCACAACAAAGAGUGUAAAGGGAACCCUCAUUGGCAAAAAGCCAGGUCGACCGUGA